UAGUUAAAACUACCUACAUGCAAACCACGUUGCCUUUUCAAAGCCUCCUUCCAAUACCAACAGCAAAUAUACACGCAAGGUGUUUUGAUGACCUAUACAGCACCUUGCGAUUCCGAUAAUCUACAAUUUGUAGUGUGAUACGGUACCAGACGAGACGAGAUAUGCUUAUGCUGCAUUAAUACCUUCGAAACUCUCCCACCAUAACCUCUAAAUAAUAAACGCACACACACACACGAUGGACGUCGUUCAAGCUGUGUCGGGGUAUAUCUCGAAGAUGGUGUCUGCAGGGGAUGGAACUUCCGGGACACCAUCUGCGAAGAUGAAGGUCCUGUUACUGGAUAGCGAUACCGUGUCCAUUGUUUCCACAGCAAUCACACAAUCUGCGCUUCUGAACCACGAAGUAUACCUCAUAGACCGCUUGGAUAAUCAAAACAGGGAGAAAAUGCGCCAUCUUAAAUGCCUAUGUUUUGUUCGGCCUUCGGCAGAUUCUAUACAAUUCCUAAUUGACGAAUUUCGAGAUCCCAAAUACGGCGAAUACAAUGUAUACUUCAGUAAUGUGGUAAAGAAGUCAUCCUUGGAGCGAUUAGCAGAAGCAGAUGAUCAUGAAGUGGUCAAAUUGGUCCAGGAACACUUUGCAGAUUAUAUUGUUGUGAAUCCGGAUUUAUUUACAUUUGAUCUCGGAUUUCCAAAGCAGCGGAUAUGGAGUUCCAAUCCGGACAUGUGGAAUCCAGAUGCAUUACAACGUACUACUGAAGGACUAAUCGCGGUUUUACUGUCUUUGAAGAAGAAACCUCUUAUUCGGUACGAGAAAAACAGUUUAUUGGCAAAGAAGCUGGGUACAGAAGUACGGUAUCAUAUUGCUCAGGAAGAUCAGUUGUUCGAUUUCAGGAAGGUGGAUACUCCUCCUAUACUGCUGAUAUUGGAUCGAAGGGAUGACCCUAUAACACCGCUUUUAACACAAUGGACAUACCAGGCAAUGGUUCAUGAACUUCUUGGAAUAAAGAAUGGGAGAGUCGACCUUAGCGAGGUACCAGACAUUCGACCUGAGUUGAAAGAAGUGGUAUUAUCCCAAGACCAGGAUCCAUUCUUUAAGAAGAACAUGUACCUCAAUUUUGGUGAUCUUGGUGGCAAUAUCAAAGAUUAUGUCGAGCAGUAUCAAUCAAGAACAAAAAAUAGCUCCAACAUUGAGUCUAUAGCUGACAUGAAGCGCUUCAUCGAAGAAUACCCGGAAUUCCGCAAACUUUCUGGAAAUGUCAGCAAGCACGUUACCCUUGUUGGUGAGUUAAGUAGAAUGGUUGGUUCAGAAAAUCUAUUGGAAGUCAGUGAAGUUGAGCAGAGCUUGGCAUGUAAUGAUGCUCAUGCCAGUGAUUUAAAAGUGAGUUACAUCUUGAAGCUUUGCAUCAGUGGUCUCUUACUAAUAUAUAUUGUAGAACGUGCAGAGAUUAAUCCAAUCUCCGACUGUAACUGCCGAUAACAAGCUGAGACUUGUUGCUCUGUACUCACUUCGAUAUGAAAAACACCCUUCAAAUGCAUUACCUAUCCUUGUUGACCUCCUUGGCGCAGCUGGGAACGUUCCUCAAAGACGCAUCGACCUCGUAGCGAAGCUCCUUAUUUACCAUUCUUCCUUGCAGCUGAACCAAUCUACAGGAGGAAUAUCUGACAUGUUCGAAUCCUCGAACAUAUUUUCUGGAGCUCGAGAUCGAUUCAAGGGGCUGAAAGGUGUGGAAAAUGUCUACACACAGCAUUCGCCACGACUAGAAUUAACGCUCCAGGAUCUGAUCAAAGGAAAACUGCGUGAUCAGCAAUAUCCAUUCGUUGAAGGUGGAGGAACAACUCGAGAUAAACCCCAGGAUAUUGUGGUUUUUAUCAUUGGUGGGGCCACUUUUGAAGAGGCCAAAUGCAUAUCUCAAAUAAAUGCCUCUUCACCGGGUAUCAGAGUGGUUUUAGGAGGUACUUCGAUUCAUAAUAGCACGACUUUCUUGGAGGAGGUAGAAGAUGCUGUGUCCUUAUGGCCUGAACCUGCUCCAUCGACUGCCGCUGGAAGGUUACGGAAAGAGACAGGAAGACGUUGAAAAAUGAGCAGUCCAAGAAUUUUGGCGAGUGGAUAGGUCGGACAUCGCUUAUUUUAGGAGGUUUCACGCAAUCAAUCACCAUACCCUAUAUCCUUUAGUCCUUGACAUACACAAUUUUGGCAGGAAGUUCCUUGUUUAUUUGUCAGAGGUUGGGUCUGUUGUCUUUUUAAAUAUUGAUCAACAUGGUCGCUCAUCAGCCAGUGGCCAGUCCCGGGGCUCGCCAACGCAUUUGGUGGAUGCUAUUGGAAUGACCCUUGAAAUCCUAGGAUCGUAUUCAGAACGGUAUCCUUCAGGAUUCAUUUAUACCCCAUAGGUGUUACUACUAUGCGCUCCUAUACAAAUAGGUGCUCGCCGACAUGUCAAUUGUCCCACUUGGCCUACAAGAGCACGAUUGGUCAGGAAAUUUCAAGUGGCAAGUUCGAAGAUAGUCUGGUUCUCGGCAGAUGCGAUGAGAUAGCGCAUUGCUUAUCGCUCUCCAGGCGCAUGACGGGAGGGGUUCCGGAAGACGGGGAGAGGGGUCUGAUACCUACCUAUUGAAUGUGGUUUGGGGAAGGUCAAUCUGUUGUUUAGGUUGAUGACGAAAGUUGGAGAUAGCUUAUC